CUCCAUGUUCUACUCGUCCUUCGUAGCUUGAAAUUGGGCCUUUUCACCAGCAAGAAACCCCCAACAACCCAUCGAAUCACUUUGCAAAGUACAACUGAGCUCGUUCGCAAUGUCUCCUAUCACCUCAACCGACGUCGUCUUCAAACCCCUGGGCGUCGUCGAACAGAUCCUCAAAGAAGCACAGUCCUCCACCGAAACUAUCUGCAGUCGCUUCCAACAAGCCCUAGCAACAGAAGGCCUCCUCAAACAAGUCCCAUUCCUGACCACAGAGUCAGCGAAAACCCUCUGCAAUGGCCAGUUAGUACGCUUCCGCUGUAUGGUGCAGGACAAUUCGUUCAACCCCGAAGAGUUCCUGCGGGAAGUGGUCUACAGGGACACAGCUACUGGCGCUGAGACCCGGGUGUCGAUGCUGUUCAGAGACGCUGUGCCUCAUCGAGACGGUUGUACGCUGGUACAACCGGAUAUGAGAUCGUUUGAUGCCAGCUGGGUGGGCACCAAGCACCCUGUAUAUUGCGUUUCGAUUCCGGCGGAAACGGAGUGGGCUCGGCAGGGUCUGGACGUCAACAAUAGCCAGGAGGAGGACUUGGCAGCGAGGGUCUCGAACGUCACUCUCGACGACAAGAUGGGCGAAUCCAAGACGCCAGCUAGCGAACAGACACAUCCGGUUCUGCACGAAUCGCUUCAUGCCAAGUUCCCCAUCCCGAAAGACCCCCAUGCUAUCGCCGCUUUGAUCAAAACCUACGGCGAUGACCCCCAGUUCCGGUUGAACGAUGUCAUUGAAGUUGUGGGUGUUCUGGAGCACGUGCCGGAACCCGAUAUGACUGAGGCAUCUACCGAGGGGCACGGACAUCUGGACUUUGAGCUCCCACUAGACACCAUCGAGCAACCUGCGUUUGGGACUAUGCCUCGCAUUCAUGUGGUCUCUCACAGGAUGUUGUCGGUGUCCGAAGCAAACCCUGCGGUUUCGAAUGGCGAUGCAAAGGUGGCCAAUGUGGAUGUUGGUGCAAUCAGAGAGGCAUUGCUUGAUGCCCUGAAGCAGAUUUUGUUAGGGGAUGAAUUGGCUGCUGAAUACUUGUUGCUGCACCUGUACUCCAAAAUUCAGUAUAGAGGCCCUGAUGAAACUCCCAUCGGAUACCUUCCUCUCAACAUCUGCAACCUACCAAAUGCAAUCGACUCGAGCAGUUUCGUCGAGAAUCUGAGCAACGCAUUGUCAUCUCUUGUGGCACGUUCCCACCGCAUUUCCCUGAUGUUGAAUGAGCUCAAUUGCGAGAUGUGGAUGGUGCCAGAGAAGAACCGGGAAGCGGUCGAGAACUCGGAACCCGCGGGUAGUGAUGGACAGCAAGUGGAGGCGCGCACGCCGGCGGUGGAUAUUGGGCUUGCAGCAGGACAGUUGCAAUUAGCUGAUGGAACUUGCGUUCUUGUUGACGAGACUGCGCUUCAAGACGGGACUUUGAAUGCUCGUGGCCUGACAAACCUCCGACAACUAAAAGAAGUCCUGGAAACCGCCAAACUCCCCUACCUAAUCCCCUACGGCUCCGACAACCUCCGCAAAGACGUCGACUACGGCUUCAUCAUCGUCAGCCACGGCAAAAGCAUGUUUCCCGUCCCAUGCACCGUCCCUCUCUCCCCAUCCGCAUCCCCAUCCACGACGACAAUCCCAUUCACCCUCCCAGAAAGCGCCCUAACCCAAGCCCGCUUACUCCUCGCCGCCCUCCGCAACGCCCCGACCCCCGCCGCGCCCCACGAGUACGGCGUUAUUCCCGACACACUCACGGAUAUCAUCAUGCGGGAUUACGCAGCCUCGCGCGCACCGGACGUACCAGCCCCCGCACAAUUCGACCUCGUGCUGCGGUUGGAGGUGUCGAAAUUGAUUGCAAGGUCGAUGGCGAAGAUGCAGGUUGAUGAGGCGUGUUGGGUACGGGCGGGCGAGUUGGAGCGAGGGAGGUGCGGGAGGAUUGGGGAGAUGAAGAGGGAGUUUGAGGGGAGGAAGAAGGAGAGAGGUGGUGAGGGUGUGGGUGAGAAGAAGAGGGGUGGGCCGGUGGCAAGUGUCGAUGUGGAUGGCAAGCCUGGACGUUGAUGGGGGAGGGAUCUGGUAGUAUAGUGCAAUGGGCGAAUGUAGUUCAGUAUCUCGGGAAGAUUUGGCGAUCCGUCGCAAUCAUUCGCCUGACUUUGUCGGAGGGAAAAGUUCACGAAUAAAACAUGCUGUGACCUCUGUGUAUAGGCCUCUUGAGGCAGAGGAAUGCGACUUCAUUCCUAUUAAACGACCACCUCGGCCCCUGAGGGUGAUGCGCACCAUCUUUAACAAGUUCAGAUAUGGGUG